AUGGAUUCUAUGAGAUCCUUGAACACCUCCCUACCAAGCUCGACACCCCGAUCGCAACCCCCCGAGCAACUCCUUCAAUCAUUCAAGUCGGCUGCUUUAUCCGUGACCAACCUCUACAAAAAUGCCGUUUGUGAACAGGCACAGGCCAAGCAAGCCGGCUACCAGGAAGCAGUAGAGGAUUUGCUCCACUUCCUCGACCGCGAAAACCUUGGUCUGUGUGAUGGGGAGGGGUGGCAGGUCCGACAAUGGGCAACCGAACGGUGUGAUGGAACUACGCAAGGCAGCGACGACGAUGACCGAGUGGAAUCGGACAAGCGGGACAGAAGCGCCACGCCAGCCACUGCACGCAAAGAGCAUCCCGCGCCAGAAUCUACCGCUCGACAGCCCCCCACUUCGGCUCCGGCGCCAACAUCCCGACCCGAACCAGUUAUCCCUGCAGCACAGUCUCACGAGCCCCCCUCUGUUGGUGGGCCUACUGUUUUCACCUUUACGUCUGGGCCGACAUUCCCUCAAUGUCAAGAGCACGACAUGGAUAUGCAGUCUUCGGAUAACUCGACUCCGCCCACCCAGGAUGGUGCCCCAGUUAGUGUCUCCGUCAUGCACCGCAAUUCCCGCCCGCAGCAUCGUCCCAACAACCUCUCCCGACCAAGCCCACGCUCGUCAACACGAGAGUCACCGGUUGGGUUGGGGUCCAAGAGAAAAUCUACUUUUCCGGACUUUUUCGAUCUAUCGGGGUUAAACAGCGGAAGAGACAUGUUUGGAGGGGGCAAGCGGGGGCGCUUCACAUAG